CUCCUCGUCUUCUCAUUUGUGAGAGUGAAUGGGGCCAGUCAUGCGUCUGCUAAUUACAUUGCGCACACUAUGAUGAAUUACAAUGCAUGUAGAAAGGAAUGGGAACUACCGUGGCGGUCGGAGAAGGAAAAAGAAAAAGGUACUGACCAGCCGACUGGAUACAUAGGGACUGCCGGAUUAAUGUGCACAAGGCGGUUCAGGCACCCCAAAAUACGACGAAAUUCCAAGCCGAGACAGUGGUAGUUAUUAAUGGUGCCCCCACGUGGAAAGCAUCUUCGACCGUCAGGCUGUGGCGGAUGAUACGAGUCUCAAAUAUCUUGGUUCAAGGUGGCCCUAUGUCGGUCAUGCGCAGCCCAUUGGUUUUCAUCAUGGUUUUAUUAAUUAGGUGCCUUAGGAACACUUGUGGGGCUCAUUCUCAUCGUAUAACUUGGACAAUGCUGGGGUCCUGGGUGGCGCCGGGGUGUUACAAGCUUGAAGAACUUAUGAUACAAGCAGAAACUAUAAGGGACCGAGUUAUGGAUCGUAAAUGACCCAGGAUUCGAUCAU